AUGCUGUCGCGGCAUCUACUCCCACUGGCCGCUGCCGCUGUCGGCAUCUCGGCGACGACGCUAGACGCAGUGCUCGACUCACAGAACGCGACGCUGUCGAUCCUCAACAACUACCUAACGAGCCAGCAGGAGCUCUUCAACACGCUCAUCAACACGCCCAACCUCACCAUCCUGGCGCCCAGCAACGACGCCAUCAACGGGCUGCUGGCGAGCGAGGCCUUCUCCGCGCAGCUGCAGGCCGACCCCGGGAUCCUGACCGCCAUCCUCAAGUACCACAUCUUCAACGGCACCUACUACACUUCCAACUUCACAGGCGCUGCCGCCCCCGUCUUUGUCCGCACCCUGAUGGACAAUGCCACCUACUCCAACGUCACGGGGGGGCAGCGGGUCGAGGCCCGGGCGCAGGACGGGGGAGUCGCGUUCACCUCGGGGUUGCGCGAAGAGGCGGCUGUAAGGACGUCGAACUUCAACUACACCGGCGGCACGGUGCACGUGAUCGACAGCGUGCUCGCGAUCCCGGCGAACCUCACGGCAACGCUGCAAGCGGCCAACCUGACGGCAGCGAUCGGAGCGCUGCGACGAGCAGGCGUGGCCGAUAGCUUGGGGAGUGGCAGCGAGCAGCUGACCGUGUUCGCGCCCAGCAACGGCGGGUUCAACGCCGUCGGCAGCCUCGUCGCGCAGAUGACGGCCGCGGACCUGGAGCGCGUGCUCGGCUACCACGUCGUCCGCGGCCGGGUAAUGUAUAGUGAUCUCAUCGCGGCGGCGAAUGGGUCGCGCCAGGCGAUGCAGCGGGGCGGCGAUGUCGAGUUUCGUGCCGUGAGCGAUGGGGAGGUGGCGCUGUUUGUGAAUAGUGCCCGCGUCGUCGGCCGGGAUUUGCUGUUUGACAAUGGUGUUAUUCAGGUGCUGGAUAAUGUCCUCAAUCCCGCCAACACAUCCGCCGCACCGAACCCUGCGGCCGCAACACAGGCACCCGCGUUCAGCGGCGCCAACACUUCGGCAGGCGGCGUCCCGUUCACGUCGGGGGUUCCCGGCCCGAGCGCGACAGGUGCCGGUGGCGCUGCUCCCACAGCUACCGCUGCUGCGCCUGCCAGGACGGCGGCGUUGGGCGUCGUGGCUCUGGUCGGUGGCGCUGCCGUGUUGGUGAAUUUGUAG